AUGUCUGCUCCUACCAGAAUCGUCCACCACAGGAGGACGACAAUCACAGCUCUGCCUCUGUACCACUCUGGACACCUGCAGAAGAAAAACACAGCUGAGAAGGAUUUCAAGAAUUACUAUGGAGAGCUCCGUGGAGCCACGCUGUUUCUGUACGAGGAUGAAUCACAGGAUACAGACACAGAGAAGCUGGAGCUGGAGCAGCUUAUGUCCAUGGAGUCCAAUUGUCCGUAUCAGAGGGAGAAGCCGACCAUCUUCACCCUCAGCCUGCUCACAAAGGAGGUGCAGCUGAAGAUGGACAAUCCUUUCACAGGAGAGGAGUGGAGGGGUUACAUCCUGACUAUGGUCAAAAAGGAGAUCCCCGGUGACCUGCAGCUGCUGCCUGGACAGAUGAUGCUGCUGCUUGAGGCUCUGGAGUGGGAGAGAAGGAGAAACUCCACCGAGUCACAUCCGCCGCUCCCGCCCCGACCAUCCUUCCUCCCCUCGUCCUCGUCGUCAUCCUCCUCUCAACCAGCUGAUGACCAACCAGACUACAUCACCCCUGAUCUGCCUGCGUGCUUCUUCGAUGUGACGCGGCAGGAGGCUGAGAGGAUGCUGGAGGCAAACCCAGAAAAUGGAGGCAUCCUCCUCCGCCCAUCCAGCCUGAGAAACAACUACGCUGUGACCCUCAGACAACUGACACCCAGAGGACAUGUAAUGAAGAACUACAGAGUGGCCUGCACAAACUCAGGGUUUGUCAUUGAACUCAUCACAGCAGUGACGGUCUCCUCCUUGAAUGAAGUAUUGAAAUACUUCCUUGAAAAGACAGAGCACCGCCUUCAUCCCUACGUGACGCCUGAGCACUACGACACUCAAAUUGAGGUUUCACCGGCUCCAAACUGCAUCAGCAUCACCUCACCUCCAUCUAAUACAGUGCCCAAGGCACAAGUGGCGCCAAUGCUGCGGCCACAACCCCAAGAGAAGCUCGAGCUCCCUCCAACUAAACCAGCGGAGGAUGAGUAUUUGGUUCCUGAGGACGACAAGCCUGAUUAUCAAAACCUACAUAUGGAUUGAAGUGGCGAGGAGGAAGAAAAGUCCCACUCCUGCUCAGCACAGCGGACAAGGAGUCAAGCUGUUGUUACUUGUGCAGCCUUCAACUUCUGCAAGUUUCCAUGUGGGAUGACCAACUUCUGCUCUUUUGAGUGUUCUGAAAAUCCCUUAAAAAUGCCCUUAAGAUAGAAAAAUGUGGCAGCUAAAUUAAAAUGUUCUCGAUUACUCGAAGGGGGCACUGGCAAAG